UGGGAGCCUGGCGGGUGCGGAGCCGUUAGCGCAGUUGGCGGCGGCGGCGGUCGGCGGCGGCACAGCGCUAAGCGCACACGGGGCCCCGGCAGCAGCUGUAGCGGAGGCGCCCUGCGGUCCCGGCCUCGGCGCGGCCACCCUCGCUCUCUCGGCCUCCCUGCCUCGCUCGCACCAUGGCUGAUCAGCUGACCGAAGAGCAGAUUGCUGAAUUCAAGGAGGCUUUCUCCCUGUUUGACAAAGAUGGUGAUGGCACCAUCACCACCAAGGAACUUGGAACCGUCAUGAGGUCGUUGGGCCAGAACCCAACAGAAGCCGAAUUGCAGGACAUGAUCAACGAGGUGGACGCUGAUGGUAAUGGCACCAUUGACUUCCCAGAAUUUUUGACUAUGAUGGCUAGAAAAAUGAAGGACACCGACAGUGAAGAAGAAAUCCGCGAGGCAUUCCGAGUCUUUGAUAAGGAUGGCAACGGUUACAUCAGCGCCGCAGAGCUCCGCCACGUCAUGACAAACCUGGGAGAGAAACUAACAGAUGAGGAAGUAGAUGAGAUGAUCAGAGAAGCAGACAUCGAUGGAGACGGGCAAGUCAACUAUGAAGAAUUCGUACAGAUGAUGACUGCAAAAUGAAGACCUACUUUCAACUCCUUUUUCCCCCCUCUAGAAGAAUCAAAUUGAAUCUUUUACUUACCUCUUG